GUGUGUACGCAUUCACCUGACCAAGUACUGAGACUAAAACGACUUCACCGUCUCCAGCAACGCCUUGGAGAAAGUCCUCGCCGGAGGGGUCAGAGGUCAGCGGUUCAGAGGUCACUCUGCCCGACUCCUCCGUCUCCUGCUGCCGACAUCGCGCGUGGGUUCACGAUGGCCAGCUGGAGACUGCUUCAAGCGCAGCUGCUGCUGCUGCUGGGCGCAAGCGGUUGGCCUCGCGCAACCGGCUCCGAGUCCCCGGUGCGGCGGGAGCUGUCGUGCGAGGGUCGUCCCGUCGACCUGCGCUGCCCGGGCAGCUACGUCAUCGCCGUCAGCUCGGCCUUCUACGGCCGCACCGACGGACAGAUCUGCGAGUCCGAGGCGGCCAAGAUGCAGAACACGGCCUGCUUGCAGGUCGAGAGCUUCCACAUCGUGGCUCGGAGGUGCAACAACAGGACGUGGUGCCACGUCGUCGCUGGCAACGAGCUGUUUCCGGACCCCUGUCCCGGGACGUACAAGUACCUGGAGGUUUGGUACAAGUGCGUCCCCUACAUCUUCCCCUGCCCGGGCAGCAUCCGCCUUGUUGGCGAGGCCUUGCACCUCCUGCAGGCGAAGCAGAAGGCCGGCUCGUGGUGCCGCGACCCGCUGCGUGCCGACGGCAAGGUGUACUUCAUGCCGUGGAUGCCCUACCGCACCAAGAGGCUCGUGGAAUACGCCUCCCUCCAGGACAUCGCGGCCAGGCUGCCGCUCACCAACUACCAGCUGCCGCACCGAGUGGACGGCACGGGCUUCGUGGUGUACGACGGAGCCGUGUUCUUUAACAAGGAGCGAACGCGCAGAAUCGUCAAGUUCGACCUGGGCACGCGUGUCAAGAGCGGCGAGGCGGUCGUCCCCAACGCCAACUACUACGACACGUCGCCCUACCGCUGGGGCGGCAAGUCCGACAUCGACCUGGCGGCCGACGAGAACGGCCUGUGGGUCAUCUACGCCACGGAGCAGAACGAGGGGCGCGUGGUAGUGAGCCGCUUCAACCCGUACACGCUGCGCGUCGAGGCCUCUUUUGAGACGGCCUACGACAAGCGCUCGGCCUCCGACGCCUUCAUGGCGUGCGGCGUCCUCUACGUCCUGCGCUCCACUUACGAGGAUGACGGCGACGGAGCGGCGAACGGCACCGCAGGAGGAGGAGGGGUGGGGGGGGGGACGAGCGACCGCAUCGAUUACGUGUACGACACCAACUCGCGACGGGAUGCACGCGUCUCCAUCCCGUUCCCCAACCCGUUCCAGUUCAUCACGUCGGUGCAGUACAACCCGCACGACGGCGCCCUCUACGUGUGGAACAACCACCACGUGCUGCGCUACACGCUGCACUUCGCCCCGCUGGAUCCCACUGCAGUCAAUAUCCUCGACUCAAAGAGCGCACUGGGGGAGCCUGGCUGGAUUGCCUCACCACCUGAAGGGUGGGAAGAAAUAAGCGGGUACGAUGAGUUCCACACGCCCAUUCAGAUGUACCAAGUCUGCCACGUGAUGAAGCCCAACCAGAACAACUGGCUGCGGACUAACUGGAUGAUGCGCGGCGGUGCCCAGCGCGUCUUCCUCGAGCUCAAGUUCACGCUGCGUGACUGCAACAGCAUCCCGGGCAUCUCGGGCACGUGCAAGGAGACCUUCAACGUCUACUACCACGAGUCGGACAGCGAGCGCGUGUCCGGCAUCCACGAGAGCCAGUACGUGAAGGUGGACACCAUCGUGGCCGACGAGACCUUCACCGAGAUCGAUCUGGUCGGCCGCAUCAUGAAGCUGAACACGGAGGUGCGUGACGUGGGCCCCCUCACCAAGAAGGGCUUCCACCUGGCCUUCCAGGAUGUGGGUGCAUGCAUCGCGCUCGUGUCCGUGCGCGUGUACUACAAGCGCUGCCCACGCACCGUGCGCGGCCUGGCCGUCUUCCCCGACACGGUGACGGGCGCCGAAUCUUCCUCGCAUGUCGAGGUGCGCGGGGCAUGCGUCGAGAACUCGGUCGAGGAGGAGGCGCCGCGCAUGUUCUGCAGCGCCGAUGGCAAGUGGCUCAUGCCUGUCGGGAGGUGCGUCUGCGGCCCCGGCUACGAGCAGGCGGUGGAUGGGUGCCAAGGUGUUUUGUGCAGCAGGAAUCUUCACGACGAGUUCGCAAAUAAGUCGGCCGCUCUCGUCUGGCACAGCCACCAAGGGAGGAGGAAGUGGAGGAAGCACCCCAAGUUGGGGUUGCUGCUCCGACAAGCCAACAGCUGCUACCCAAAGUUCAUUUAUUAGGUAGAGCCCUGUGAGCCAUUCGGCUCUUGAAUCGGGUGCAACCGCAACAAACAAAAAACUAAAACAUGAACAAAAAACAUCUUAAAGCAGUGGUUCUUAACCUUUUUGGAGGUACCGAACCCCACCAGUUUCAUAUGCGCAUUCACUGAACCCUUCUUAAUUGGAAAAAAUAACCUCCGCCGAACCCCUGAGACUGACUCACCGAACCUCUGAGGUUCGAUCGAACCCAGGUUAAGAACCAAUGCUUUAAAUCGAAAUAAAAAUUUCAUCUCGACGUUAAGUCCUGUUAUUUGGUUGCUUCUUUUAAUAACGCGUGGGAUGGACCGGGUGUCGCCGUGCUGAGAACAGUGCGCGAUGAAACCGACCACCUGAGUUUGAUUCUCCGUCACAGUGUACACACACACACAGUGUGUACACACACAGUGUCUACAGUCUACACACACACAGUGUGUGUACACACACAGUCUACACACACACAGUGUACACACACACAGUGUACUUACACACACAGUGUGUACACACACAGUGUACACACAGUCUACACACACACAGUGUACACACACAGUGUGUACACACACACAGUGUACACACAGUGUCUACAAACAGUCUACACACACACAGUGUGUACACACACAGUGUUUUGUCGGGGACACAAAGGCGGUCGGGCGUGCCUCGUUCCUAUGGCGGGGCUAGUUGUGGUGCUCACUUUACGACGGCCGGUGGUGUUGAUGAUGGUGAUGACGAUGUGAGUUGAGUCGUCCCCCAACCAGGGAUUGAACUGGCACCCUUCUUCGUUCGAUGGUUAUUAUUUGUUGACGGUAAUUAUUUUGAUGUUGGGUUUAAAGUUACCUUUGCUGAAUGCGCCUAUUGACACUGGGCGUGUGUUGAUUAAAAGCAGUGCAACAUGUGUGGAGGAUAGAACUAAAUUGCCAAUAUAGAGUUUGACGUAAAAUUUAGGGAGCAAAACCCCAGCACUCAACUUGAUUUUCAGGUUACGGUUCAGAGGAAAUUAUUUGGUGGUUGCUGAAAAUUUUACAGUUUCAAAUAUUCUGGAAUGCGUCCGAAGAAGUAUUCAAAAGGUCGACCGAACAUGCAAACGGUAGUGAAUGGAACCCAGUG